AUGACUUUGACGUGUGCUUCUGAAGCUGCCCCCUCACCCAAGAGUGGCACUGACUCAUCAGACAAGGUACAGAUCAAUGUACCGCCUUCACUGCUCCACACGCUCUUUGCAUUUGAGUUCUCUCUGGUGAUGUGGAUUCUGAGCAAGGUCGUCGUUCUGUCUUAG